CCUCUGAGAUCAUCCUGAAAAGGGCAGUCAAGAAAGAAAGAAAAAAACUUUAAUUUAUCAAUUAAUCUUUUUGUUUUUUCUUAGCUGCUAUUUUGGUCUCACCAAUCUCUCCCUACCUAAUCAUCAUAGUCUUCAUCACCAUCAUCAUAACUCAUUUCUCACCCAUCAACAUAAUCACUAUCACCCACCAUUUUCUUUUUUAAAUUCAUUCUUGGAAAUUUCAGGGAAUUAAGCUUUUUUCAUUUCUACCCUUUGGAAGAUAAACAAUUAUCCACCAGCAACAAUAACAGCAAAGACUUGUGUAAUUGACAGCCCUUUGCCCCUCUUUUUUGGUAUGCUUAUUCUGCAUUUCCUUUACAUUUCAUAACCUUUUGCUUUUUGUUAGAUUGCUUGUUAUGUGGGUAUUCUCUUAUCAUCUCUUUCUAUUAAAGAUUUCGUUUUGUGACUUUUAAGGUACUCUUGUUUGUGACAUUUGAUCUGCAUUCAAGAAUGUUAAAUUCGUAUUUUUUUGGGCAAUUUUUCAACUCUCAGUUGAAUUUUGGAGGUUAUACAUUGAGCCGGGUGGAUGCCAGUUUUGGUAAAAACGGAGGUCUUGUAGCCUAAAGUUAAAAAUUAGAAAAAUGAGAGAGCCCUAUUUGGUCAAUAGGUUCAAGAGAGCAAAUAAGUUUUCUUUUCUUUGUGAAGUUGUAUAUAUUUGUUUGUAUUGGUAAGAUAAACAAAUUGUUGUCGUCGUUGUCGUUGUUGGUGUUGUUGUGUGUGAUUUAUUGGGCGCCCGAGUAAUAGAUUACUCGGAGGGUUGUUCUGUACAAGAAAGCUGGCGAAAUUGUAUAGCAUCUGGUAUAGGGUCCUGGCUGUUGGCAGGAAUUAUAGCUGCCUCCACUCCUGCAACAUAAGGUUUGGCAAGCAAUGGGAGAUAGAUGGACAACUUACAGAGUCCAGUUAUUGUGUUUUGUUCUUCUGAUUCUUGCUUUGGAAAUACAUGGAUGCUGCUCACUUAGUUCUGAAGGAUUGGCAUUGUUGGAAUUUCGGGAUAGGGUGGGUUCUGAUCCAUAUGGUGCUUUUGCAAACUGGAAGGCUAAUGACAGGGACCCAUGCAUCUGGUCAGGCGUUCAUUGUGUGGACGGUAAAGUGCUAAGGCUGGAUCUUAAUGGGCUGUCUUUGGAAGGAGUACUGGCACCAGAGCUUGGAAAACUCACUCACUUGAAAUCUCUUGUACUCUCGAAAAACCAUUUCUAUGGUGCCAUUCCUAAAGAGUUCGGACAUCUUACCAUGCUGGAGGUUUUGGACUUGAGGGAGAAUAACUUGAGUGGUACUAUUCCAGAAGAAAUAGGACGGCUGCGGUUGCUAAAACACUUGUUGCUUUCUAAUAAUACAUUUGAAAGAAGCAUUCCUUUGGAGCUUGGGAAACUCAAUUUGCUCACUGAAUUGCAAGUCGAUAAGGACCUUACAUAUACUGUUGCCACUGGCAUUGGCUGCAUGAAUAGAAAAUUUGGAGACCGCAUCUGGCAGAGUGGUUUAAAACCAUUGAAGAAAGCAGAUUCCUUUAUAGCACCACUUAGAGGGGCACUUGCACAUUACCUCAAUCUGUUUCCAUUGUUCAAUUUAGGGAAGAGCUCCUUGCACCGUCACUCAGACCAUUGCUGUGACACUAUACCAAGUUCACCUGAGCCACACAUCCUACAUGGGCAGAACCUUGUUAACAUCGUACGUCGUAGGCUAGUGGAACAGUCCAGUAACCUCGCUGCUGCCCCUGCUAGCGGUGGAUUUCCUCAUGGUCAGAUCAUUUCUCUUCCACGUGGCAGAAGUAGUGGGUCAUUCCCUGCCGUACCAAAAGCAAAGAAAAUACAAUCUCCUCCUCCUUCACCUUCGCCUGCUAAAGUGCCAUCACAUGAAUCUCAUAAUGCAUCAAAUCCUGAAGGACAGUCUUCUGGUGCUGCUAACAAACCAACUGAUAAACAGGAUUCACCUGGUAGCACUUCAGGAAAUGCAUGGAAGUAUAUCGUUGGGAUUUCAAGUUCUGCUUUCUUGCUCAUUGCUGCUGCUGCCAUGUUCUUCAUCUGCCGAAGCCGAGCAGUGAGCACCAUUGGCCCUUGGAAGACUGGAUUGAGUGGACAGUUGCAGAAAGCAUUUGUUACAGGGGUCCCAAAGCUGAACCGUACUGAACUAGAAACAGCCUGUGAGGAUUUCAGCAAUAUUAUCAGCACCAUUGAUGGUGCAACCAUGUAUAAGGGGACACUAUCAAGUGGAGUAGAGAUUGCUGUUGGAUCAACUGCCAUAACCUCUCUCAAAGACUGGACAAAGUGUUCAGAGAUGGCCUACAGGAGAAAGAUUGAUGCACUGUCUCGAGUGAACCAUAAGAACUUCGUUAAUCUUAUUGGUUACUGUGAGGAGGACGAACCUUUUGUUAGGACGAUGGUGUUCGAGUAUGCUCCAAAUGGGUCCCUUUUUGAGCAUUUGCAUGUUAAAGAAGUUGAACAUCUUGACUGGAAUGCAAGAGUGAGGAUUAUUAUGGGAACAGCUUACUGUCUCCAAUACAUGCAUGAUCUGAAUCCGCCCCUGGGGCAUUCCAACCUGAAUUCGGAAUCGAUAUUUUUGACAGAUGAUUAUGCUGCAAAAAUUGCAGAAAUCAGUUUCUGGAAAGAAUUUUUAUCCAAGUCAAAGAUUUCCGGGGAAAAUGAAUCAGAGCAUUCUGAACUGCCACCACUUGCUGAUCCUGAGACAAACAUCUACAGUUUUGGAAUUUUGUUGCUUGAAAUAAUUUCUGGGAAGCUCCCCUACUCGGAAGAACAAGGGCCUCCUGUGAACUGGGCAGCUGAAUACAUAAAUGACAUACGGAGUAUCAGCUACUUGAUUGAUCCGACAUUGAAAUCCUUCAAGAAUAAUGAGCUUGACAUCAUUUGCGAGGUAAUCCAGGAAUGCACUCAACAGGAUGCAAGGAAGAGACCCACCAUGAAGGAAAUCAUUUCCAAAUUGAGGGGAGUUAUUGAUAUAUCACCUGAGUCAGCAACUCCAAGACUUUCUCCCCUGUGGUGGGCUGAACUAGAGAUCCUUUCCGCAGAAACAGCUUAAUCCGACUCUAUUUUCCAUGUUGUUAGUCAAGUAUCUCUAUUACCAUGUAUCAAAUAUACAAAAGAAUACCUUGCUGCCAUCAACUAAAUCAUAUCAUCUCUUCCUAUUUAACUCAUUGUGUGUCUCCUUUUUUAUAUUACGCGGUUUUGAAAAUUCAUUUUAGACAUUUCUCGUUAUUUUUUCACUUCUUGGCAAAAAUGUGUGCCGGAUGGUGUCAUACAUGGGGUGGAGUUGAGUUCCCACUAAUGUAUAUACAGUAUACAAGAUUUCUGAUAAAAAAUUGACAUGUAAAAAGAAUAUUGAGCCGGGAUUUCUAUGCAGUGG